CCAAACGACCGAUGCCCUCCUGCCUCGAAAAUCCACGACACCACCAUCUCACGCAACCACAACCUGUCUUAUUGUGCCCAAAUCUCGUCGCAUAAACCACACCCUCCUUCCCAAUAGAUCGAAUCGUAAACAGUCCGCACAAUGGGUUCCGUCCUCCAGAAGAAGAAGCGCCGCUCCAGCCGCCAAAAGGUCAAGAUGCCCAACCGGCCUAAGAAGCAGCUCAACCCCCUGGGCAACGACAUCAUCGCAAAGAACUGGAACAAGAAGGAGACCCUGACGCAGAACUACCGCCGCCUCGGCCUCACGGCGCGCCUCAAGGCGCCGACGGGCGGUGUCGAGAGGACCCUGUCCCAGAUCGAAGAGAGCAAGUCCGCCGCGCCCUCCUCCACCGCCUCCCGCCGCGCCCGCCGCGACCCCUUCGCCAUCGCCCCGACAGAGGAGGUCAUCUUCGAGGAGGCCCGCGUCGAGCGCGACGAGAACGGCAAGAUCAUCAAGAUCCACUACGGCAGCGACCGGCGCAGCAACCCGCUCAACGACCCACUCAACGCCCUCGAGAGCGACGCCGAGGGCUCUUCCGACGACGGCGCCGAGCAGGAGUGGGGCGGCAUCGACGACGAGAGCCGGCCCGAGGUCAUCCGCCUGCUCGAGAAGGACGCCGCCAUCCCGAGGGUCAAGAAGCCGAGGCACAUGAGCCAGCAGGAGAGGGAGUGGCUCGAGCGGCUGACGGCCAAGCACGGCGACGACGUCGCCGCCAUGGCGAGGGACCGGAAGCUGAACCCUAUGCAGCAGACGCAAGGCGACAUCGCUCGCAGGAUCAAGAGGCUUACGGGAAAGGCUUAAUGCGAGCGAGUACACAUACACACACGCGCGCAUAUAUAUACAUAAUGUAUAUGUA